AUGUUUGGGGACUCUUUGUCUCUAAAUGAACUUCGGAAAGCCUACCCUGAGCUUUACCAAUUUAUGUGUCAAACAGAUCCAAACUUUGGAGACACCCACCUCGAAGAGACAAAGGGAGACGUUUCUUGGUCGAAGCUGGGCAAGAGUUUGAAAGACCAAGAUUUUGAUCACAGUUUUGAUGUUUCUCAGCUUGUUAAGGAGUCAAAUUCAGUCACUUCCCUCCUGACAAUACGGAAAGCCAUGUCAUCAAUUUUUGAGUGUCUAAAUACUGUACAUGUUCAAAAAACCCUGAAGCUACGGCUUGAAAUACGGGACUUGUGCUGUCGCCUUCAAAGUCUGCAGACGAGUCGUGAGAUGGACCAGCGCGAGAUCUACCGACUGCAGCGGGAGAAUGAUCGGUAUCGCAGAGAGCUGGCGCAGCAGGCCUCACGCUACGAGGAUCGCAUCACCGAGUUGCACGGCGUCCUGGAGGAGUUGAAGCGUAAGGCCUCGGAAAUGCAGGCCUCCGCCUCAACUAAUAACGCCACUGUUGAUGUUGACGACCUGGUCGAGGUUAGUGACAGUGAAGGUGAAACCGACGCACCCGAUGCUGAGGCUGCCUGCGCUUCGUCCGAAUUCUCUGCUCCGGAGUCCGUGCUGCAGCCACCGGUCGGUCAGGAUGACAGAUUUGAGCCUUUGCAUCAAAGGAGGUGGCGGUACGCCUCUAUGUCCGAUCUCUCCCACCCACUGCCACCGCCGCCAUCCCCACCGUCAAUGUCACCAGACUGUGGAAAAGGUGGUGCUGUCCGAACUCUGUGA